AUGGCCCCUCCAGACCUCAACUCUUUACCACCAUCGAGAUCAAUGUCCUCCUCUCCCAUGCAACCCAGAUCCAUGCAUACAAUCACCUCUCCGCCCAAUCGACAAGAGACCCCUUCCCCUCGAAGUACCUCCAUAUCCCUUGCCUCCGCUGCCAGUAUCAAUGCCGCCAAUGAGUCUCGAAGAUCCUCCUUGAGCAAUCGAGGAUCUCCAAGGCUGGGUCGAAUGCCUAGUGACCGUCGACGCUCACAGGUCGCCAUGAACCUCAACCUCAAUGACCCGGCAAUUCCAAGCCCUGGCGAGCUCUCCAGCAGUGACCCACGAGCCAACUUCACCGAGAGACUUCCUCACAGCUUUUCCUCCGCCAGUCCCACCACCAUAGCAGGCAGACCAACCAUCUCGACUGGCGAUCCCCACCACCACCAACGACAACCCAGUCUAGGAGACGUCCACAAUGCCUUGGAGCAAGAACAAGAGGCACAGGUCAACCGAAUGCUACAAAUGAUUCGGGAACAACAACUCCAACUCGACGCCGUUCGCACCCAAUCCGAACAAUCAAGACGACCUUCCCAACAAGGAUCCAGCACAAUUAGCAAUAACACCGCCAUCCUAGACGAUCUAACACCCGCUUCUGAACGCUCACUUUCGUUCCCGUCCAUCCACCCCGCCAUCCCGGCCGGCUCCCCUGUGCCCCGACGAGUUUCCCACACCCACGGCCACUCCAGCGCCAGCCGCUCCCCACUCCUCCGCGGCCUGGCCGACAGCGCCGAAUCUCGCAACUCUGAAUUCAUCUCGCCGCCCUCGCCCAUCGAAACCAUUGGAAGAAGAAACAGCAUCCGCGACGAAAGCGCAUUCUACCAAGCCGAGACCGCCAACCUGACCAGGGAGAACCAGAUGUUGCGCCUGAGGAUCCGGGACCUGGAGAAACAGGUCAGCGAGAUGAGCUCCGCCCCGGCCAACACCCCCGCCGUCCCGAGUAACCUGGUCACCAGUCCUCCCGUCGAGGCUGAGGAGGAUGUAUCUGCACCCGCACCCGCAGACAAGUUGUGA